AUGCCUUCCUUCAGGUCCACUUCUCUGGCCGUUGCCGCCGCCUUCGUUGCCAUUGCCAACGCCGACUACUUCAUCGAGCCCGAUUCGGUCCCUCUCUCCACGAGGAAGGCCUGGUGUCUUGACGAGAAGCGCAUCUGCCCCAUCAUCUGCCGCCUAGUCGACGACAGGCCUGCCAUGGUCAACGACUGCGAUCCCGAGGCCUUGACUUACGGCUGCAUCUGUGGCAACGGCCAGCAGCCCAACAUCUCCGAGUACACCCUCACCCUCCCCUACUUCACUUGCACCGAGUACGGCAACCAGUGCGUCCUUGCCUGCGGGCAAAACAACGAAUGCUCUCGCGCCUGCCGUGAAGACAACCCUUGCGGUGCCCAAGACCCCGCCCCGCCCAACAAGACAACCUCUACCACCAGCUCCACGGCCACUUCCACCAAGAGCGCCGACGAUGAGGUCAUCACCAACCUCGGACAGGACUCGGGUGCUGCUCAGGCGGCUGACCUCGCCCGUCACUUUGGCCUCGCCGUCGUUCUCGGCGGAUUCUUCGCUGGUUUCGCUCUUAUGUAA